AUGACUAAAGAGAGUUGUGGGAUAGGCAUUUACAUUCGUACUCCUCUGGAUGAUGAGCUCCAAUUCGCUAUUAAAUAUGAACAAAGGUUAUCCAAUAACGAGGCCGAAUAUGAGGCUGUGGUUAAGGCCUUACAAUUUUUGGCAGAGCUAGGAGCUGAGCAAGUGCGAAUGAAAUCCGAUUCUCAACUCGUAGUACAACAACUGCUGGGAGAAUACGAUGUGCGAGAGGAUAGGAUGAUAGCUUAUUAUACUCGGGCUCAAGAACUGAUGGCUAAAUUCCAAGAGUGUCACAUUGAACAAAUUUCGUGGGAGCAGAAUAAUAGAGCUGAUUUAUUAGCCAGAAUGGCUAGCACGGUUGAGCAGAGCUGGACUAAUAAGGUGACUUUGCUUUGUGAGCCUUAUUAUGAAGAAUCCCAGCAGAUACUUACUCUGGAAGAACGGGAUGAUUGGAGGAGUCCGAUUGUGCACUUUUUGAAAAUGAGAGAGCGACUAAAUCCGAUCGUGUCUCAGCGAUGCCUGUAUCACCGGUACUGCUUGAUUAAUGAUCAAUUGUAUAAGCGAUCUUUCACCCAUCCUCUGUUAAAAAUUUUAUCACCCGAAGAAGCUCAAUACGCGCUUGAUGAAAUCCACCAGGGUUACUGUGGAAAUCAUGUUGGAUAUAAAGAUCUAUUACGAAAGAUAAUCAAAGUUGGGUUUUAUUGGCCACAAAUGGGAGAGGACGCCAAAAAAAUUGUGAAGAAAUGCAUCGUAUGUCAGAAACACGCACCAAAGAUCAACGUGCCAGGCGAAACUAUGGGAGCUAUGUAUGCUACUGCCCCCUUCGACAAAUGGGGCAUCGACAUUGUGGGGAAACUCCCUACUGCUUCAGGAGAAUGGACAUCAUACAGAGAUUUGUGUCCGCAGCUCAUCCACAAGCUAAUGGACACGUGGAACUCACUAAUCGCACCAUAUAUAUGUGAUGGUUUGAAAAAGCGUCUCGAGAAGAGUAAGGACAAAUGGGUCGAGAAGUUAGAUGGAAUUUUGUGGGCACACAGAACUAGCCCAAAGACGGCCACCGAGGAGGCACCAUUUACUCUGGUCUAUGGAUCCAUAGUUGUCAUACCAGCAGAUGUGCGACUCACGUCUAAUAGGAUCCUGCACUAUGAGCCAAUUCAGAACGAAGAACUCAGACAGAUAGAUCUGGACCUCAUCGACUUACACAGGGACAUGGCUGUACUCAGAGCUGCCAAAUACAAGACUAUCAUCAAUGCAAGAUUUGAUAAGAAAGUAACUACUCGAAGGUUUGAAAAAGGGGACUUAGUAUUGAAGAGGGUGGAUGCACUUAAGAAAAUGGGGAAAUUCGAUACCAUCUGGGAAGGACCCUUCGUGGUUACAGAGGUGCUGGGGGAGGCGCAUAUCACUUAUCAGACAGCGAUGGAAGACCUCUUACUCGUCUGUGAAAUAUUAACACUUUGA